AUGGACGGGUACAGCUCCACCUACUGGCUCUACAAGCGCGACACGGACCGCUGCGCCAGCUGGCUCGCCACCACGGCCGUCUCGCUCGGCUUCCCACACAAGCGCUUCACCGCGGCCAGGAGGGUCUCGGGCAAGAGCGCUUCCUCGCCCGGCCUCAACCGCGCCAAAAACCAGCAGUACAAGUACAUCCUCCGCAUACCCCAGUUCGUCGAGCUCGCCCGCUUCAUCGCCGACAAGCAUCAUGCGGUCCCGGACAGCAGGCUCGCUCUGAUCCGCCGCUGCGUCGCGCGCCGCAUCACCUGCCUCAAGUUCUUUGAAAGGGACGGUCGAGCAUGCACCAAGCACGGGCACUUUGUCGAGGUGCUCGUCGAGGUCAUUAGGAUCCUGCAGCCCUGCGUGCAGAGCAAGGCGGAGGAGGACAGCGACGGUGAUUCUGCCGUGCGCGAGCCGCAAGAGGGCGGUGGCGGCAAGUGCCGAGGCAAGGGAAAGCGAAGGGGCAAGGGCAAGAGCAAGAGCAAGGUCAAAUCCAAGGCCAAAGCCAGGUCCAAGGGCAAGAGCCAGGUCUCCAGCGGCGCCGGAAAGGAGGACGACGGCGAGAUCGCCUCGAUGGAGAACUUCUUCAGCCAGCUCGAGGUCAGCAGCAUCGACGGAGGAGGCGGCGAGGAAGGCGACGAUGCCGACGAGGCGCUGCAGUACGGCAUCGAGGACAACGUCGACGAGGCCCUCUGCGCCUUCAUGGCCCUCUAUGCCGACCUCGACGAGAUCCGGUCGUUCCUGAAGGGCAUCUGGACCAGCUACCGCGACCACCAGACCGACCUCGUCACGGCCUCACUCACCACCAACACCGCCUUUGAACUCCUCGAAAAGGCCUUCGGCGACAUCCUGGACCGCUACCAAGGGCUCUUUCCCCACCAGUGCGACGUCGUCCUGGCCCUGCUGGAAUACGCCUUUGACCUGCGCAUGGGCAGGCCGCCGACAUACCACGACGACGAAUGGAAGCUUAUCCUGUCGUCGGGCGACUCGAGCCUGCACGAAGCGGGGAUGGACCUCGACGGUGGAGAGCAGUCGGUCGACGUCGAGCACCUCACCGACGAGAGGCGCCGGGAAAUCGACACCUCCCUCCUGUACACGGCCUUUAUCGACUUCUCCAUCUUUGACGAUGUCAUCCGUGAGCGCGUGGCCGGCCUGCGCGGGGCGCCCGACUGCAGCGCCGACAGCCACGACGCCUUGACGCGCGAGAUGUCGCGGUACGCUCGUGGCACCGAGGGACCGACGCUGCUGCUGGCGUUUGAGCUCCAGAUCUAUCUCGACAUCAACUAUGUCCUUCAGGGCCACAAUCGGCGGGCCAGGUUCGAGGCGCGAGACUUGCUCAAGCAGAUUCAGGACGGCCUGGACGCGGCGAUGGGGCACACCUGCGGGCUCGACCUGCCCGCCCCUAACCAAGCCUACUUCGCUGCAGCAGCCAGGGACGUCGACCUGAUGGGCAUCGAGCUCAGGAUGCGCUCGCAUUCGGUCCCUCGCAGUCCUGGAGAGGAACCCCAGGACUGGUCGAGCGCAACCAGGAUCGCGUUUCUAGACCGCCACCCGACCUUCUGCGGGCUGCAGGCCUUCCGCGCGCUCCACCUCUACCGGGACGUCGGGGCCGCGAUCGCUCGCGGCAGCGGCAUCACUCUGGCCGCCCUUCACUUCUCUGCGGCCUGCAGAGCCUAUCUGGGCGAAGAGCUCAAGGCCGGCGAGCUGGACUGGCCCGACAUAGACCUCGUCGUCGAGCUGCGUGGGCCGGAGAAGCUCUUUGGCAGCGACACUCUUCCGACCGACCUGACCCAGUCGUGCAAGUCCCUCAUGCGCUUGUACAGCUGCUCCGAUCAGCUCAUCAGCGACCAGCUCCACGGUAGCGCCCUCCGCAUGAUCCAGUCUCUCAGGAAGGAGAGGGGGAUCGGCUUUGUGCAUCGAUGGGACCGGCUGCAGAACGACUCGGCGUUCUUCGCCCUCUUUGCAAAGAUCGGUCGCUACCCCCGGGAUCGCAUCGGCGGGGCGCAGGAGCAGCUUGCCGACCUCCGCAACAAGCAGCUCCGAGAGGCUCGCAAGAGGUCAGCCACGGCCAUCUCUUCUGGGGCCGCCACAGUCGAAGCCACCACCUCAUCCGCCAGGGGCACCACCGCCGACCGCGACGAGCUGAUCCAGCCGCAAGUCGCGCGCAGAUGCAGGCCGAAGGGAUCCUUCUCGAUCGUCGAGCUUCUCCAGACCCUCGCCGCUGGCCUCGCCGCCGACCUGCCCGACCUGUGUUUCGACUACCUGACCCUCAACAUGGGCUGCUUGCGCGUCUUUGAGGCCAUCUACCCGGCCAUCAGCAAGAACAACGAGUCCCUCACGCGAGCCGACAACUAUCCGUACGGAGAGGAUCCCAUGUGGGUCGUCUUUACGACGUUGUACGUCCUCGAGGGCGUGUACUCGGCCAACCGCAGACGGCCGGACCACCUCUUGCCCACGCUGCAGAUGCAGAAGCAGGCCAUGCUCCGCGUCGUCGCAGCGAUGCGCGGCAAGGUGGACGAGGUCGGGCCCGACGUCGGAUGCCGCCAGCUGCGAGCCACCCUGGCCGGCCUUGGCGCUCCAGCAUCGCCUCAGAUCGAGGCCAGCUCCGGCUCCAGCUCCGGCUCCGGCUCCGGCUCCGGCGGCGACGGUGCAGACACCCGCCGCUGCGGUGACGACGAGACAGUCCAGGCAGGCCACACUUCGUAG